CUCAAUGCAUCGCAAUGAGUAGGACGGUCUCACUUAAUCAAGCUGCGAAGUAAUGAAGCAAAGCAAGCAAAAUUGCAGGAUCCACCGUGAAGAAUGCCGUGGUGACUGUGACAAGCAACCAUGAAUAUUGGAGUCAUUGCCGGUUUGAAUCUUCUGCGUAUCAUAAACGAGCCCCAUCACUGCUACGGAUGCUCACAGUUAAGGACAAGAAGGUAACAUCUGUGAGUGAGAAGGAUGUGUUGAUAUUCAACCCUAAAAGUGGUACCUUUGACGUAAGGAACUUUGAGAUGAAGGCCAUUGCGGAAGACACUCACUUGGGAAGGGAGGAUAUGACAACAGAAUGAGCAAUCACUUUGUGCAGGAGUUCAAGCGUGAGUACAAGAAGACUGCUGCAGAGAGGGGGGCAGAGGACGCAUUUUGAGUAGUAGUACAGGUCUGCAGAAAUUUCUGUAUGCCGUUCUAUCUCUUCUUUGCGCUCAUCUCAUGCUACUUCUAGAUUCCGUGCGUGUGGUAUCGUGGUGUUGCUAGAAUGUUCAGUCCUGAAGACUGAGAGAGCGUUGUUGCACUAGCCUUUCAUCAAGUUGAAGUUAGAGCUUGGUGGCUGGAAAUUGAACAACUCGUCGACGGUGGCCCUCUCUCGAAGCUUAACCUUGGUUUGGUUGUGAGCUUUUUCUUGGGGAGGGGGGAGGUUCCUCUAUAGCAAUGACAGGGGACAGGGAGAAGGAUGUAGGGGAAGGUAUCAUAUAUAAAGAUCCAGACUAUUUGGCAUUUAUGCAGCAGCUCGCUAAACCAGCGGAAUACUUGCCAAGAGUUGAGAUCCAACUCGAACGCAGAGAGGCUGAGAAGGCUGCCUCCAUAGUUGCUGGUACGAGUAAGGAUGUCGUGGUAGUGACCCCUUUGACGGAUUUAGUGCGAUCGCUUAGAGCUGCAAAAUUUACAUCUCAGAGGAGUAUGUCAUCAAAUUCAGAGUUGUCUGCUCGUUCUGCAGGUGUAUCAGCAAUACAGUCUUACUUCACAUAAGCGCGCGUUUGAGAAAGGACGGUCUGUAUCGAGAUUAUAAGUAAGUGACAAUGCGUCUACCAACAAAGAGUCUGCUAAUCAUGCUCCUACUCCUCGUGAUGAGCUGCAGCGGAAAGAAAGAGAGACUCUGAUUGAACGGAAGAGGAAAGAAGCAGGUGAAAGGAAAGAGGAGAAGUGGGUGUGCGAGUCCAUUGCAGCUGCUAUCAGAGCGAAUUCUGGCAGCCACCGAGGCAAAUCUAGAAAGGAGAAGUCAAUCCAUUAGAAUAAGGACUUAUCCAAGGCGCUAUCUGAGAAAAGAACGUUGCAAAUCGUGUCGGUUAUUGGGGAACCUGGAACAAGGACACAUACAGCUGGGCAAGGUUUCCGCUGCGAAUGGGUCAGGCGAAUACAUAUAAUGGGAAAGUACUCAAGCGGGAGUACAAACAGAAACAAUCGCUCGUUGCGAGUGACUAGGACAAGGAAUCAGUAGUUGGGUCAAGACAAGCGGCUCCGGCUGCCAAUGGAGAUGCUGGUGUGUCGGGAAACAAUCUGUGGCAUAGGUCGUCUAGGUUCGCUACAAUAACAGGAAGCAUAGUCGGUGAUUGCUAACCGUGCAACACCUCCUGGAAAGUCCAGUUCCUGGGGCAAACAGAACUAAAGGCAAGAGCCCGAUGGGAGGAUCUCUUCGCUUGAUACCUUAUUACGAGGCGGUUCUUCACCAAGGGCAGGUUCAAAUCAACCACCACAACGUAAAGCGGGUGACAUGCAGGUGGGGAGAGUGGGCAAACGACCUCCAAGUCCUCGGGCAAUACGGUUGGCUGGAAAAGACCAUAUCAUUUCCUUUAUGGUGUCUACGGAGGCAGAGGGUCAAGCAGGCAACGGGGAGGAGUGGUCUGUGAAGCAAGUUGCGAGUGAUGGAGUUGCUGCGAUGCAGUCGUCGUUAGAAAACAGUGGACGACGAAAUGUCUCCCUAGAAGUCUAAGAAUAGAGAUGUAGUUGAGAAAGCAAAAAAACCAGAAUCGCAAUGAGGAGCUUUUGAUGGAGGGAGCUGGGAGCGAUGGCGGAUCAGCCACGGCCGUUAGGGUUUACCGAGCGUACUCUACGCUCCUCAUCUGAUUAACAAAUAAUUUGCAAUUCUUAGUUAGUGUGAACCAAAAUCCAAAAUUUGCAAUUUAAUUUAGGUCAAACAACAGAAGAGUCAAAGUACUAAUUUGGAAAGUAGUUUGUGAUACAAUCAAUUCAAGUAGAACGUUGAAAUAAACAACAAUAAUAAUUCUCUUCCCAACCAGUGGCCAUGGUGGUUACUUAUAUUACUUUGAUUAAUUGCUAGCAUUAAAUUAUCUUUCUAUUAAAACCCACUUACUUUCCUUACCUAAUGUACUCUAAUUCAAACUUCAAAAUAUUUGGUUCAUGUGUGGAUCAAGUAUCUCUAACCAACCUUCUGCUGCCCAAACCCUAUUGGUCCAAGUCUCCCUAUUCUGUUAGUUCUUCCAAACCUCCCUUAAUUAACAAAAUUGAUUCACAGGUAUCAUCACAACUUUACCACCACCGAAGAGUAAGAAGCAAUUGAUUACCAUCCAAGAUGCUGAUACCUCUACUAUCUUUUCAGAAUUGUCAAAGUAUAAUAUUGACUACAAAAAAAAUAAACAGAACCAAAGUCUUCACCCAAAUGUCAUCGCCACUGGAUGCUCACACCAGUGCAGCAAAGCUCGUGGUUAGGCUGCCAUGGUUUAGGGUGCAUGCAGUGAGCCCCAUCACGACUGGGCUGCAGUGGAGGGAGGAGCCAUGGAGGAUGGAUGUGCAAGGAGCUUGGGUGAAUGAUCGUCCAAAGUUAUGGUGCAGUUGCCCAUCUGAAACCUCUUGCGCCACAAACUAAUUGCUCUUGCGUAGAAGCUCCAGUUAGAUAAGGAUCCAGCUCUGUGUACUCGACGCUUGCGCACACUCAGCGGAGCUCAGAAAGGUGCUCUUGGUAUAAACUUUUGAGUUUGAAGCCGAGCUGAUCCCCUUACUGAUUCAUUGCAUACGGAAUAACAUUGGCCAUAUCUCACAGGGAGGAUAGGCGACCUUUGUUUUUUUAUAUGAAUGAAAGAAAACUUUUGAAUUGAAAGAAAGGAAUUAAUAAAGGUGCUGAAAGUGGGUUGCAGCAGCCGAGUGACACUUGAUGGGGUGCCCGAGAUGUGAAGCUUGAAUGACGUUUUGGUACCAUCGCAGUAGUUGCAGAUCUUUCCAGAUGUGACACAAAGAGAGAGGACUCUGAUUUCCAACGCUUUUGCAGUUAAGAAACAUCACACCGGUUGGGGACUUAACGUCAUUAUCGAGUCCGUGAACUUGUUCAUUGGAAUUUGACGUCGUUUGCAGGUCGAGGAAUGGAGAAGAGGUUGUACCUUUCUGUACACUACGACCAGACAAUCCUUUGUCGGUGAAAGUUAUGUGAAUUUGAAAUGUAAGCUUUCGUUCCAAAGUGGCAGAAUCACAUUUAGAUAUUUCGUGAUCCAUUCGAGCGAUAUUAUUGCCGCUCCAAUUGCAGUGUAGAAAUGUGCUUUUCCUUAGGCUCAGCCGAGCGUUGAUCAUGCCACUCUCUUCUAUCUACACGUCCUCCAUCCAUAUGUUGCACUUAUCUGAGAAUCCGUAUCUGAGUCCCCAGAAACGGUUUGAUCUUCCUUGAGGAACUAGCAUCAACUGAGACGAGGUGCUGCUUUUCAAGUUGGUCACUGUCACGGAAGCGCAAACUGGACUUAGUUUCUCAAGCUGUGAGGAUGGGGAGUCCAGGCAGGUCCGCGCUUGAGGGUGCCCUGGGGACCUGGAUCUUGUACACGGCACUAUGUGUGAACUUCGGAAGCGUUAGUGGGUUACCCAACAUGGGGCCCGACAUGUACACUUGCAAGAAACACGCAGUGGUGCCACCCUACAGCACAGUGGUUUCAUGCUGCCCGCCGCUACCCACGCGCCCCAUCAAAGACUUUAAGUUUGAAGAUCAAACGCUGCCGAUGCGAGUGCGUCGACCUGCGCACAAGGUGGAUGCUGCGUACAUUGAGAAGUACAACAGAGCUUACAGGCUAAUGAGGGCACUGCCACAGGAUGAUCCGAGAAGUUUUCAUCAGCAAUCCAACAUCCACUGCGCCUACUGUGGGUUCGGUUUCAAGCAACUGGGGAUAAAUGUGACUUUGGAGAUGCAUGGCACGUGGUUGACAUUUCCCUUCCACAGGUGGUACAUAUACUUCCACGAGAGGAUCCUGGCGAGCCUUCUGAACGACAGUUCCUUCGCUCUCCCCUUCUGGAACUGGGACAGUAUGAUGGAACCCGAACGGCCCUCACAGAUCCCUGAGUACUUCUACACCAUGCCCGCGCUCGUGGAUCCUCUUCGAAACCCUAGGCAUAGAACUCCUGCAGUUCCAGAUCUCUCAACGGACUUAACAGGAAGGUCACCCAUGGAUAUCAAGAACGCGACCCUAGAGGAAGUAAUCGAAUCGAACAACAACUUGUUAUACCAAACCGUCGUCAGCGGUGCCACAUUGCCAUCCCUUUUCUUAGGAAAGCCUCUUCGGGGAGGUGUCGAGAAAACUAGUUUAGGCGCAAGUGCGUUUGAGGUUGGACCUCAUGGAGCUAUCCAUGGCUGGGUGGGAGACCCUGCACAACCUAAUGGCGAGGAUAUGGUGCAUCUUUACUCUGCUGCAAGGGAUCCGAUCUUUUACGCGCACCAUGCAAAUUGCGACAGGAUGUGGUGUGAUUGGAAGAACUUACCAGGAGGCAAGCGCACGGGAUUCGAGGACGAUCCGGAUUGGAUGGAAUCGCAGCUUCUGUUUUACGAUGAGAAUGCAGACUUGAUUCGAGUGAAGAUUAAGGACUCUUUGGACAUUGUGAAGUUGCGGUAUACUUACGAGGAGGUUGACAAUCCAUGGGCGCACCAUGAUUCUCUCAGGUUCAAGAAACACGGGAAAAGCUUGUCUUCCUCUGUUGCAGCAACAGGGUUGUCCUCCAUCAUUCUAAAACAAAAUGUCGACAAACCAGUCACGAAAUGCGGGGAGAGAACACGGGACAUUUCCUUUACGAACAACGCCUUCCAUGUUUACAUACCUCUCGGAUCUGUGAACGCGGCUACGAAGAGAAGAGGUUUAUUCGGUCUAUUCCAGUCUAGCUCAGUUGUAGUGGAGGAGAUUCUGAUCCUUGAGAAUAUUCAAUCUCCAACGGGAAAGAAAAUCAGUUUCAAGAUCUUCAUGGACAUAGACGCAGACGACACGACCUCCACUGCAGACUUAAGCUUCGUUGCAAUUUACAACAAUUUGCCACUUCGAUCUAUCGAUGAAGAACAGAAGCAAGACAAGGUCACGUUUUCCAUCGCCAUGGGAAUGAAGCUGAGGAGCCUUGAGCUUCGGAAGCGGACAUGCAUCCCCAUCAGUCUUGUGCCAGUUCCGGGGACAAAUGGUAAUGCUCAUAUGAUCAGUGUUAGCAAUAUUUAUAUAAAAUCAGUCAUACCUUAGUUUUGGUGAGGAUAGGAGUGACAUUUUGUAAGAAUCGAUACACUAACCUCUCUUGUUAGUGGUCUCGAAUUGCGAUCUUCAGGCAGAAUGGAUGUUAACUCUCACUCCACAUCUUGCUAGGCGUCCUUACAUGUCUGUACCCGCAGAUAUCAAAUGUUUCGAAAUCGCAUUGACAACCUUUAUAUAUUCAAAUGCAACACCCACAACAAAAUUAUAUUCCA